CUGGCAACGGACGUUUCUCCGAGAGUCGCGCCGCAGCAGGCCUUCGAGAGAGAACGGAACCAUCUCCGUUCUUCUUCUUUGGUUCUUCUUUUUCUGAAAAAGUGAGAUCGCGUGGUGUGAACAUCGGCUCUGGAAAGUGAUAUCGAGGCAAAAUGGUCUUCUUAAGCAGCAGACCAGCGCUAAGAGGAGUGGCUGUAGUGGUCGUGACGAUGGCGCUGUGGACAGGAGUCACCUGUGACUGCCCUAGGAUCAAGGACGUCAUUUCUCUCAGUGGAUCCUUCAGGUGUGAGAAGGAAUGUAUGUCCCAAGGAGGGAAAUCUGUCUACGGAACUCUGGUCUACGGAGAGGACUCUGACGCUUGCCUAGCUGGUCUUCACGCCGGAGCUCUGGGUCUGGACGGAGGAAUUCUCGUCGCCCAACGAACUGACAACCCCGAGAGACGCAUCCAAGCAACUUGCAGGAACCGAGUCUGUUCUCAAACCUUAAUGGCCAGUGGUCCUGUGUACACUAUGGGCAACGGAACAUUCAUGACUGACAGAGUCGGAGGCGACGUUCUGCUGAUCCACAACAAUUACGGAAACGAAGAACUGAACGUCCUGUGUCUGUCAGAAGACCCAAGGCAUGAAAUGUCCAGCGUGAGCAUCAGGAGGUGGAACUACGGAGAUAUCGGUGAACCGAAAGGAACGUUAAGGAGUCCUUCUAAAGUCAUCACAACUUCUUCCCAGAGUGAAAACCGCCACGCCUUCCACUGCUUGGGUAGAACCCCUGCUUCUGAUGUAUUUGCCCCUGUUAUAUUCAGAGAUGCCGAAUAUAAAACAACCCAGUAUACAUUCAGAGCAAGCAAGGGCGAUGCUCUCCAAGUGAAGUUCUCCCAACCAAAUCCAUUGCCAUUGGAUGCUAAUGCGAGACGUUUCCCAGGGGAGGAGGGUGAGAGAUCGACCUUGGACUAUGACAAUGUACAACCAGACGUCACUGCUCUUUACCUAGCAAGCAACUACAAAUCAGGGGCUUACUUUAACAUCAUCGUUAGAGAUUGUGAAGCAGGAAAGUUCGGUAAUAGGUGUCAACAUACUUGCCCAAAAUGUAAGAAUGGUGGCGAGUGCCACAGCAACACAGGCGAGUGCGUCUGCCCACCAGGAUUCACGGGGAACUUGUGUCAGAAAGCUUGUCCCAAAGGCUACAUUGGUAAUGACUGCGAGUUACAUUGCAGCGAAAAAGAGUUCCUCUUUAGGCUACCUGUGAUAGAUUCCUGUGAAGGACUCACGUUUUGUCUUCCUAGUCCACUAGGAUGUUCCUGUGCUGCAGGAUACAAAGGCGUGUUGUGUGACCAGUCUUGUGGCCUUGGGGAGUAUGGUGCUGGGUGCACUGGUAGCUGCCAAGAGAAGUGUCAAGCCAACGAUUGUGACCCAGUUACAGGAAAAUGUCCACCUUCGCUUCCUAAGAACAUGAAAGUUGAAGUGGCAUCUCCCAGAACUCUUACUUUGUCCUGGGACCGCACUGGGGACGAUGAAGAAGAGCACCAAGAUAAGCUAUAUUAUCAUGUUGGCUAUAAGUUACUGACCCACAUGAGCUGCGAUUACAAGGAGCAGAAUGAGAAAUGGAACAGGAUUAUCGUCGAAAACCAGCCUAUAGUCAUCAGCGGUCUCCAGGCUCAUGCGUCAUACAACGUCUGCCUCUAUGUCUUCCGAGAGUCGGACUCGAAGACAACUGCUGAGGAAUGUUACACAGCUGAGACUGGUGUAGAAGUGCCAACCGUGAAUGUUACCGAGCUUGUGUGCACCCCUGAUGGCUCUGAAAAUAUUCUGUGCUCUGCAACGAUAGAAGGAACCUGUGCUCAUUACAAUGGACCUAAUGCAGAGCUUUCCUUUUCCCUCUCGUACGAGGAUUGUAAUGGCACCAACGUUUUGAUCGAGGAAUCUGAGUUACUUCCUCCUGCUAUCGAUCAGUUCCAUAGCGGAGUCAUCAACCACAUCUUCUCUGGACUGAUGCCUGGCCAGAAGUUUGUGCCAGCAGUGAAAGUUAAACGAGUUCCAGUACCUGAACAACGAGCUGCAGUUCUUGUAUACACAGAGGAAAAAGCACCGCCACCUGUGAAGGAUUUGAAGGUAUUCCCCUUGAAUGAAACCGACGUGAAAGUGAUGUGGAAUGCCCCGUGUCCGUCCAAUGGCAAAAUCAUGGGCUACAACAUCACUGUCGAUGACGAAGUAUACGAAAUCUCUCCCGAAGACGGUGCUAAGUGUUCUGAUGUUGAGAGCUACCAGUAUUGUCUCACUAUCAGCCAUCUGAAAAUGGACAGCACUUACAAUGUACAGAUCACAGUUGGAACCUCGCAUUUCCAGAGCCAAGCGAGCGAAUUUGAAUUCAGGACCUUCGCAAAACCCGGUGAGCCACUACUGCAGAAGGAAGAACGUGACAGGAACGCCCUAGGCGUUUCCAUCAAGCCCCCGACCUUCACUGGAGGAAGAUUGCAAAACUGCACGGUUGCAGGACCGAAGGCCUCUUGCGUGAUACCUUACGAGGAAAACAUCAAGACUAUGAAGUGUGAGAUUAAGAAUCUGAAAUCUGGAACAAAGUACACACUCGAAGCUUACUGCUGCAACGUCAUGUUCUGUGGGGAGAAACUGAAGAUUGAGAUGGUCACAAGACCCUCUCCUCUAUUCCGAGGUUCUGCCCGAGUGGACGACAUCACCAAUUCCACCAUUCCCCUGAUCCUCCCGAAGCUCACCAACACAGGAGAAACCAAAAGCAACUUCGUGGUAUUCGUUAAACACAUUCCGAAAGAUGCGCAGAACCAAAGACAAGACCUGCGAAACGAGAGCCUCGAGAUUCUGAACAAUUACGAAAGAAGCAGACAAGGAAAAAAGGAUAACUCUCAAGACAACCCGUCGUGUGAUGAAUCGACUUGGAUUGCUGCGGUGCUUCCUGGAACGAAUGAAACGAUUGAAGUGGGAGAUGGAGGUGUUCAUGGAGGAAUUUAUAACUGUCCCUUGAAGCAAGGAGAAUCCUACUUAAUUGGAGUGCUUGGCAUUACAGAUUUGCAAGGGGAUCCUAAAUACCAGGAAACGGUCUGGCAACAGCUGGAGCCAGUGAAGCUGACGACGCAACCAGGACCGAAGGAGCAUCUGAUGCUCGUGAUCGUCUAUGUAGAAGGAGCGUUGCUCCUGAUCAUCGUCUUGGUAUUAAUCAUAAUCUUGUGCAGAUAUUGUAAUUCGAAAAAGGGGGAAGAGGCCGCUGUCAAGUUCACGAAAGCAGAGCCAGUGGUGGAAGGAGGAGAGGAACCAGCAUACCGAGCUGAUGUCUAGUGGUAGUGUUGAGGAACUCUGCCAUUGUAGUGUCAAUUCUUACUGGGGAAAGGUCCACGGACUCUGGUAUCUUGGUUGUAAGUUAACAGACGAACAGAUAGUUCUAGUUGGUAUCUGGAAGAUUUGAACUUGUACUGUGUAUAUACGUGAUGCUUGUUUAUGUAAUCCACGUUAGCCAGACUGAGUGGCGUCUACUACACCUCUUGUAACGAGAAGCCUUGGGACUUCUCUUUUUGCGGACACUGUUGGUCUAAAAUGUCUAAAUUACUACCCAGAGACAGUGCGGUCUGUCAAUUGAAGUUAAGCAAUUCUUGUAAAAAAUAUUCGUCAAUCUAUUCGACUUCCUUUCCUGAGAAAAUUUGAGGUAUAAUUACAAUGACUAAUUCCAGAUGAACACGAAUUCGUUUUUAACCCUCCAUUAAGGAAAAUAAGACCAGCAUUCAUCACAUUUCGGUCGACAAGUCCUUCUGUUUUAUACAACAGUACCAGAUGUUGUUAUUAACUUAUUUCUCGCCAAAAACUAUUUGUUAUGCAAUGAUUAUCACUACCAUAUUUUGUCCAUGACAGUUUUAGUCUGUUUAUUGCGAUAUAUUUUUAGGGAUUUUUGUAGAUAUUUAUUUUAGACUAUAACUGAUAAGCGCUUAAUUUUGCAAGAUCACCUUACUGCUUCCCAACCUUAAUUCCGCCUCAAAUACUAAAUCUAGGAGGAAAUAUCUAGGGAGCUUUAACUUGAAAUGGCGGCAGUAGCUUCUGUAUAGGAUUUACACUACCUAAAAAGCUAAUGAAAGGGAAUGAAAAGGUGUAAUUUUUAUACACACAAGACAAUAUAUUAUCAUUUACCGUAUAGCAAAGCGGAUCUAAGUAUGGGAGGCAGCAGGUUGGCUUCUAUUUUCAAAUGAAAUUGUUAUUAUAUGAUAAAGAAAUACUAAACCAUAAGAAGAUGAAGAUGAGGAUGGAGAGGUACCAGUCAUAAUGUAUUUAUUGGUUUGUCCUGAAACAUGGUCUAUCAUGAAGUGAUCCCUUUAUCAAAGAUCAAAAUUAGGCCGUUGUCAAAACCUUUCUCACAAUAACGGUAGAGAGAACAGUUCCACAGCAACGUCAUAAUUAACCGCAGUUUAUUUGAUUAAAGAAUUGCUUUGUGUUGCAACGAACUGUAACUAGAUAGUAACUAUCUUUACACAAAGGCCUUGUCAAACUGAACUGGAAGCCUUUGGCUAUAACCAAAGUACCUGAGGAGGAGGAGGAGUCAGGAGGGAUGAGGAGAGUAAGACCCUGGAAAACGAUAUCCAGGCAGCAUCAGUACCUGCAAGAUAGGGGUGAGUGGGUCAGCUGAUGAGCGGCUGUAAAGCGGCUGCUAUCGUUCAGGUUUUCUCUAUAAGUGUUUAUCCAUUGUUCACUGUUUUAAAUAUGAUGAAGCAGUGACUGGCAUUGUUUUUUAUCUGGGGCCACUCAUAUAUAUAUAUAUAUAUAUAUAUAUAUAUAUAUAUAUAUAUAUAUAUAUAUAUAUAUAUUGCGAAUUUCCACACAGUUGUUUGUGUUCAAGUUAAUACCUGAUUAUAUACCUGAAAUUAUUAUUGUAUCUAAUCAGUGUAAUACUUCAUAAGUUUUCUCUGAGAUUUAUAGGCUAGUUCUUGUAUGAUUUGCCCAACAAGGGAUCCACUUUAUAAAAAUAAAUAAAUGAAUAAAUAGAAAAUUCUCUAUAAAUAUAUUCCAUAAUUUCAAUUUCCUAUAAAAAUACUUCUCAUUCAAUCUGUAACCCUUAUCAUUCAUUUUGAAAUCCUGCUGUUUUUGUUUUCUCGUGAUGAUCUGAGUAAGGUUGUUUGUGUAAAUGUGAAAAUUUGGAAUAGUCACUUGUUCAUGAGUUCUGCAGUUCUCUGGUGAUGGAUGGUCCCUUUUGAGAAAGAGGAUAUAUAGACCUAUAAAGAGUGGACAAACUUAAGUAACAGGGUGGUUUGUCAUAGUGUCAGCUGAGGGAAACUAUCACACACAAAAAACGAAAAUCAGAGCUUCACAGAUACCGAAAGGUGCGGCCCGUAGCCAGCGUACCUCACGUGGUGCACUGUAGCCAGCACAUAGGUUCUUUGCUGCAUCCUCUCGGUCCCAGCUGCCUGCAACCUUUCAUCCUUUGAGAAGACAUCGUCACAAGCAUAGAUAUAAAAGCCUAGAUGCCGCAUCGGCCGGCCGGACAUACGUCAACAAGUCCGCCAUCUUGGCGCGGUAAUUCAAACAAUGCAGCAGGCUGCAGUAUAUAACGUUUUUCCGCCACUAUUCGCUUAAUAUUGCACGGAUUUUCUUGUCUGAUGGCU